AUGGAGCACCAGAUGAUGAUGAUUCCGACGACUGAUUACAUCCAUUUCACUGGACUUGUCACCUGCAAAUACCACCAUGCACCCGCUAUUCAAUCGAUUGUGUUGUGGGAGCACAAUAUUCUUACUAAAGAGUUCCUCCUCCCUCAAGAACUAAACCUGGACCAAACGAUGUAUCCCUACAAAUACGAUAUAAAGGCGACAGCGUUUGGAGAUUAUCCUACUUUUGACUACGAGUUCUACGUCAACAUUGUUCACAACUGCUCCCGUUGGAUGAAAUCGAAGGUUCAGCAGGUUUCGUUUCCAAGAUUCGAUACUGUAGGCAACAUCACUUGCAACAAGAAUAUUCAACUUGAUUGA